AUGAAAGGCGGAUUACGCUUCGCAAUAUGCGCCUCGUUCCUGUUAUUCUUCUCUUUAUACCUUUUGGAAACCCAUCUUCGAGACCUUUGCAAUCAAUAUCGCGCUGGCGCAUACUUGGUUGAUUGGUUGGAUCGCAAUGAGGAUUACCAAAGCCCUGUCCAAGGGUACGGCAACCCGGGAGAUAAGGUCAUUGUGAUGGCCAAACUGGAAGAAGAACACACUGAGUGGGUUCAGGAGGAGCUUCCGGACUGGCAACGGGCCAUUUACAUCGUCAAUCCCUCCGAAGACACGCGAUCCAAUAACGAAAUCCUGACGACCCCUACCAACAAAGGCCAUGAGUCUAUGGCCUACCUUACCUACGUGAUUGAUUACUACUACGAACUCCCAUCAACAAUCGCCUUUCUCCACGCCCACCGCGCGGGAUUUCUCAUGGCAUGGCACGUCGAUGCGCCCCUACACGACAACGUGAUUGCCAUGCGCAACCUACAACUCGACUUUGUUCAACAAAAUGGCUACGUCAACCUCCGCUGCAAUUGGAACCCGGGCUGCAAGGAAGCCCACCGCUUCAAUCGCCAUGUCACCGAGCAGGUCUGGUGGGAUGUCUUCGAGGGAACGAGCACACCCCCCUUGAAUAUGUCAUCACCGUAUGAGAUGGAGUCCUACGACCAGAGAUACAUGCGCAAGCCGACUCAAAUCGGCACAGCCUGCUGUGCGCAAUUUGCGGUUUCGCGAAGCCAGGUGCAUCGCCGGCCGCGGCAGGACUAUGUCAAAUUCCGACAGUGGAUUAUCGAGACGCAACUGAAUGAUGCUUCGUCUGGGAGGGUGAUGGAGUUCUUGUGGCAUGUGAUUUUUGGCAUGAACUCGGUAUACUGCCCCGACGAACAACUCUGUUACUGCCAGGUCUAUGGACAGUGUUGA